CGCCUGAGAAGAAGUGGCAGCGAGCCAGUGUGCCUCCUGCCCCAGUGAGCACGGCGCCCAGCAGCGACAGGCGCGGAAAGGUGAACGAGUUGACGUAAAUAACGAGAUCGUUACAGUGGCUGCCGGCUGGAUCUGCCCCUCGGCACGGCGGGGACGAGGAGCGCCUCGGGCAUGCUGUCCUAGCGGGUCCAGAGAAAGCCGAACACCCGAGCGCUUACCACGACCGAGUUGUUCCCUGUGUGUUGUGUGUCAAACAUGUCAGACAAGAUGUCCAGCUUCCUACACAUCGGGGACAUCUGCUCCAUGUAUGCAGAAGGAUCCACCAAUGGCUUCAUCAGCACCCUGGGCUUGGUGGAUGACCGCUGUGUCGUGCAACCUGACGCGGGAGACCUUAACAACCCUCCAAAGAAGUUCCGAGACUGUCUGUUCAGACUGUGUCCCAUGAACCGCUACUCUGCCCAGAAGCAGUUCUGGAAAGCGGCGAAGCCUGGAGGGAACACGGACACGGUGCUGCUCAACAAGCUCCAUCAUGCAGCUGACUUGGAGAAAAAGCAAAAUGACUCUGAAAACAAAAAGCUGCUCGGAACAGUAAUUCAGUACGGGAAUGUGAUUCAGCUCCUCCACUUGAAGAGCAACAAAUACCUGACGGUGAACAAGCGUCUGCCAGCGCUGUUAGAGAAGAACGCCAUGAGGGUGAUGUUGGACCCUGCAGGAAAUGAAGGCUCCUGGUUCUACAUCCAGCCCUUCUACAAACUACGCUCCAUCGGGGACAGUGUGGUGAUCGGGGACAAAGUGGUCCUCAACCCAGUGAAUGCUGGUCAGCCGCUCCAUGCCAGCACACACCAGCUAGUGGAUAAUCCAGGAUGCAAUGAGGUGAACUCGGUCAACUGUAACACCAGCUGGAAGAUUGUCUUGUUCAUGAAAUGGGGCGACAAUCAGGAAAUCAUCCUCAAAGGGGGCGACGUGGUCCGGUUAUUUCAUGCAGAGCAGGAGAAAUUCCUCACCUGUGAUGAUCACAGAAAAAAACAAUAUGUUUUUCUUCGCACUACUGGAAGGCAGUCGGCUACCUCGGCAACCAGCAGUAAAGCCCUUUGGGAGAUUGAGGUUGUUCAGCAUGAUCCAUGUCGCGGGGGGGCCGGCUACUGGAACAGCCUGUUCCGAUUCAAACACCUGGCUACUGGACACUACCUGGCUGCAGAGGUAAAUCCAGAAUAUGAAGAGGAGUGCUUGGAGUCCCGCUCCUCACUGGACUCGGAGCAAGAAGCCUUAAGAGCCCGUUUGAGAAAUGUCCAGGACAAAGUCAUGUACACCCUUGUGUCUGUACCUGAUGGGAAUGACAUCUCUUCUAUAUUUGAGCUUGACCCUACGACAUUAAGAGGAGGAGACUCACUGGUACCCAGGAACUCCUAUGUGCGCCUCAGGCACCUGUGUACCAACACGUGGGUUCACAGCACCAACCAACCAAUUGACAAGGAGGAGGAAAAGCCUGUCAUGCUGCGCAUUGGCACCUCGUCACUAAAAGAGGACAAAGAGGCAUUUGCCAUUGUGCCCGUCUCCCCGGCUGAAGUGAGAGACCUUGACUUUGCCAACGAUGCCAGCAAAGUGCUCGCCUCUAUUGCUGGAAAGUUGGAAAAAGGAACUAUCACACAGAAUGAGAGAAGAGCCGUUACCAAGCUACUGGAGGAUUUGGUGUUCUUUGUGGUGGAUAUUUCCAACAACGGACAGGAUGUUCUGGAGAUCAUGGUCAACAAACCCAACAGGGAACGACAGAAACUCAUGAGAGAACAGAAUAUUCUCAAACAGAUCUUCAAGCUGCUGCAGGCUCCCUUCACAGACAGUGGGGACGGGCCCAUGUUGCGACUGGAGGAGCUGGCUGACCAGCGUCAUGCCCCCUUCAGGCACAUCUGCCGCCUGUGUUACCGGGUUUUACGUCACUCUCAGCAGGACUACCGCAAGAACCAGGAGUAUAUCGCCAAACAGUUUCGCUUCAUGCAGAAACAGAUUGGCUAUGAUGUCUUGGCGGAGGACACAAUCACAGCUCUGCUCCAUAAUAACCGCAAGCUGCUCGAGAAACACAUCACUGCUGCAGAGAUCGACACCUUUGUUAGCCUGGUCCGCAAGAACCGCGAGCCAAGGUUCCUGGACUACCUGUCAGACUUGUGUGUGUCAAUGAAUAAGUCCAUCCCUGUGACACAGGAGCUCAUCUGUAACGCAGUGCUGGAUCCAGCUAACGCAGACAUCCUCAUAGAAACUAAACUGGUACUGUCGAGGUUUGAGAUCGAGGGAGCGCCGCUCGGGGAGAACUCUGUGGAGUCAGAGGAGGAUGAGGAGGAGGUGUGGUUGUUUUGGAAAGAUGGCAAUAAAGAGAUCCGGAGUAAAAGCAUUAGGGAGCUGGCUCAGGAUGCCAAGGAGGACCAGAAGGAGGACCAGGAUGUGAUCAGUUAUUACAGGUACCAGCUGAACCUGUUUGCCAGGAUGUGUUUGGACCGCCAGUACCUGGCAAUCAACAAGAUCUCUGGCCAGCUGGAUGUGGACCUGAUCUUGCGAUGCAUGUCGGAUGAAGACCUGCCCUAUGACCUGCGGGCCUCUUUCUGCCGCAUGAUGCUGCACAUGCAUGUAGAUCGGGAUCCUCAGGAGCAGGUUACACCGGUCAAAUACGCUCGCCUCUGGUCUGAAAUCCCCUCCGAGAUUGCAAUUAAUGACUACGACAAUGAUGGAACAUCUAAAGAUGAAAUUAAGGAGCGAUUCUGUCUGACUAUGGAGUUUGUUGAGAACUACCUGAGGGACGUGGUGUGUCAGAGCUUCCCUUUUGCAGAUAAAGAGAAGAACAAGCUCACCUUUGAGGUGGUGAAUCUGGCCAGGAACCUGAUUUAUUUUGGCUUCUACAACUUCAGUGACCUGCUGAGACUAACCAAGAUCCUGCUGGCUAUUUUAGACUGUGUCCACGUGAGCACAAUGUUCCCUUUCAACAAGAUGGAAACAGAAGAAGAAGGAAAAGAGAGUAAAGGCAGCAACGUGAUGAAGUCCAUUCACGGUGUAGGAGAGCUGAUGUCCCAAGUAGUCCUAAGAGGGGGGGGCUUCCUACCCACAACUUCAAGCACGAGCGCCAAUGGAGUCGCAGUCAAGGCUCAGACUGAGCCUGAGAAACAGGACAUCCUGGUCAUGGACACCAAGCUAAAGAUCAUUGAGAUCCUACAGUUCAUCUUGAAUGUCCGCCUGGACUACAGGAUCUCCUGUCUGCUGUCUAUAUUUAAGAGGGAGUUUGAUGAGAGUAACUCUCAGAUUGAUUUUUCUGGAAGUGGAACAGUGGAAGGACCCAACAACAUGCCAGGGGCUUUGGAUUUUGAGAAUAUAGAAGAGCAGGCAGAGGGGAUAUUUGGUGGAAGUGAAGAGAACACCCCUCUGGACCUGGACGAUCAUGGUGGCCGUACCUUCUUGAGAGUCCUUCUUCACUUGACCAUGCAUGACUAUCCUCCUCUGGUGUCCAGAGCCCUCCACCUGCUCUUUAGGCACUUCAGCCAAAGGCAGGAGGUCUUGCAGGCUUUUAAGCAGGUCCAGCUGCUGGUCACCAGCCAAGAUGUAGAAAAUUACAAGCAGAUAAAGUCAGACCUGGACCAGUUGCGCUCUAUCGUAGAGAAGUCUGAGCUCUGGGUGUACAAGAGGCAGGGGCCAGACGAGGGCAUGGAUGGGGGAGAGGGACUCUCCAACGAGCAAGAGCAUGAAAAGGGAGAUUCAGGGGGAACAGACAAACCAAAGAAAGCAGAAAGCACUAGCAGUUACAACUACAGGGUGGUAAAGGAGAUCCUGCUGCGGCUCAGCAGGCUGUGUGUCCAAGAAGGUUUGUCGGGUAGGAAGAGCAAGAAACAGCAGCAGAGGCUGCUCAGGAACAUGGGGGCGCACGCUGUGGUCCUGGAGCUCCUACAGAUUCCCUACGAGAAGGGAGAAGAUUUACGUAUGCAGGAUAUCAUGAAGCUCGCCCACCAGUUUCUACAGAAUUUCUGUGCAGGAAACCAGCAGAACCAAGCCCUGCUGAACAAGCACAUCAAUCUUUUCCUCAACCCAGGGAUUUUAGAAGCCAUCACCAUGCAGCAUAUUUUCAUGAACAACUUCCAGCUGUGCAGUGAGAUCAAUGAGCGUGUGGUUCAGCACUUUGUCCACUGCAUCGAAACGCACGGCCGCAACGUCCAGUACCUCAAGUUCCUUCAGACUAUUGUCAAAGCGGAGAAUAAAUUCAUCAAAAAGUGUCAGGACAUCGUCAUGGCAGAGCUGGUGAAUGCUGGUGAAGAUGUUCUGGUCUUCUAUAAUGACCGCGCCUCUUUCCAGACACUGGUCCAGAUGAUGCGAUCAGAGCGCGACCGCAUGGAUGAGAACAGCCCUCUGAUGUACCACAUACACUUAGUGGAGCUGUUGGCCGUUUGUACUGAGGGCAAGAACGUCUACACAGAGAUCAAGUGCAACAGCCUGUUACCACUGGAUGACAUCGUGAGGGUGGUGACCCAUGAGGACUGCAUCCCCGAGGUGAAGAUCGCCUAUAUCAACUUCCUGAACCAUUGCUACGUGGACACCGAGGUGGAAAUGAAGGAGAUAUACACGUCUAACCACAUGUGGAAACUCUUUGAGAACUUCUUGGUUGACAUUUGUAGAGUGUGCAACAAUACAAGCGACCGUAAGCAUGCAGACAUCAUUCUGGAGCGCUAUGUGACGGAGACUGUUAUGGGCAUUGUCAUGACUUUCUUUAGCUCGCCUUUCUCUGACCAGAGCACCAGCCUGCAGACCAGGCAGCCAGUCUUUGUGCAGCUGUUGCAGGCAGUGUUCAGGAUCUACCAUUGUAACUGGUUGGUCCCAGUCCAGAAGGGCUCAGUUGAGAACUGCAUCAAGGUGCUCUCUGAUGUUGCCAAAGGCAGAGCAAUAGCCAUCCCUGUGGACUUGGACAACCAGGUGAACAACCUGUUUGUGAAAUCCAACAACAUUGUCCAGAAGACCGCCAUGAGCUGGAGACUCUCCGCUCGCAAUGCUGCUCACAGGGACUCUGUGGUCACCGCGUCACGGGACUACCGGAACAUCAUUGAGAGGCUGCAGGACAUUGUGUCAGCUCUCGAGGACCGUCUGCGUCCGUUGGUCCAGGCUGAGUUGUCCGUUCUGGUGGACGUGCUGCAUCGGCCUGAGCUGCUCUUCCCUGAAAACACAGACUCGCGUAAGAAGUGUGAGAGCGGAGGUUUCAUAUGCAAGCUCAUCAAACAUACAAAGCAGCUGGUGGAGGAAAACGAGGAGAGACUGUGCAUCAAAGUUCUGCAGACGCUGCGAGAGAUGAUGACAAAAGACCGUGGUUAUGGAGAGAAGCUCAGGGCCUUUGAUGAUGAGAUGGAUGUGCCUAAGCUGCUGGAUCAGGACCAGCCUGAGAAGGUGUUGGAGAACCAGAAGAGGGGCGAGGCACUGAGACAGAUUCUGGUGAAUCGUUACUAUGGCAACUUUUAUCGAAGUGGUGGCAGGAGGGACAGCCUGACGUCAUUUAGCAAUGGCCCCCUCAGUCCAGGAGGACCCGGCAAAAAUCAAUCAGCUUUAGGAGGUCCUGGGGGGCUGAGUCGUGGGGAAAUGAGCCUGCCUGAGGUACAGUGUCACUUGGACAAAGAGGGAGCCUCUGACCUGGUCAUUGACCUCAUCAUGAACACCACAAGUGACCGAGUUUUCCAAGAAAGCAUCCUCCUGGCUAUUGCACUGCUGGAAGGUGGAAACACCACCAUCCAGCAUUCGUUCUUUUGCCGUCUGACAGAAGACAAGAAAUCCGAGAAGUUCUUUCGGGUUUUCUACGACCGUAUGAAAUCGGCCCAGCUGGAGAUCAAAGCUACGGUGACCGUAAAUACCAGCGAUCUGGGAAACAGAAAGAGAGAUGAUGACAGCCAGGACAAAGACGCCCCUGUACGCAAAAAAGCUAGAGACUCUGCGGUGGUCAUUGCAGAGGAUGUGAGAGAGCAGUUAUUAGAGGCCUCAACUGCCACCAAGAAGGCCUUCAACUCAUACCGGCGUGAAGCAGACCCUGAGGACCACUUCAACUCAGCCGACGGCCAACCCAGCACUGGGGACAAGAACCAGGACGAAGGAGAAAUGAGUUUUGUAAUUGUUAUCAUGCAGCCCAUCCUUCGCUUUCUCCAGCUGCUUUGUGAGAAUCACAACCGGGACCUACAGAACUUCCUUCGCUGUCAAAACAACAAAAACAACUACAACCUUGUGUGUGAGACGCUUCAGUUCUUAGACUGUAUCUGCGGCAGCACCACAGGGGGUCUCGGUCUGCUGGGACUGUACAUCAACGAGAAGAACGUCGCCCUCAUCAACCAGACUCUGGAGAGUCUCACAGAGUACUGCCAAGGCCCCUGCCACGAAAACCAGAAUUGCAUUGCCACACACGAGUCCAAUGGAAUUGAUAUUAUAAUCGCCCUGAUCCUCAAUGACAUCAACCCACUUGGGAAAAAGCGGAUGGACCUGGUGUUGGAGCUCAAGAACAAUGCAUCCAAGCUGCUGCUUGCAAUCAUGGAGAGCCGCCAUGACAGUGAGAACUCCGAGAGGAUCCUAUACAACAUGAGGCCUCAAGAGCUGGUGGAGGUGAUAAAGAAAGCCUAUCUACAGGGAGAGGUAGAGUUUGAGGAUACAAAGGAGGAGGAGGAUAACGGGGAAGAGGAAGAACAUGAUGCUGCUUCCCCCCGAAAUGUUGGACACAAUAUCUACAUCUUGGCUCACCAGUUGGCGCGCCAUAAUAAGGAGCUUUCCAUAAUGUUGAAGCCAGGAGGGGCCAGCGGAGAGGGAGAUGAGGCCUUGGAGUUCUACGCCAAACACACUGCGCAGAUAGAGAUUGUGCGCCAGGACCGCACCAUGGAGGAGAUCGUGUUCCCCGUGCCUAACAUCUGUGAGUUUCUGACAACCGAGUCAAAGCUGCGAGUCUACUUCACCACAGAGAGAGACGAGCAGGGCAGCAAGAUCAACGACUUCUUCCUGCGAGCAGAAGAACUCUUUAAUGAGAUGAACUGGCAAAAGAAACUCAGAGCUCAACCAGUGCUGUACUGGUGCUCCAGAAACAUGUCGGUGUGGAGUAACAUCUCCUUCAACCUGGCUGUGCUCAUGAACCUGCUGGUCUGCUUCUUCUACCCCCUGGAGGGUGUACAUGCAGGUAUGCUGGAUCCCCACCUUUCUGCCCUGCUGUGGAUGGGAGUCUUGGCAAUACUGCUCAUCGUUAUCAUCAUGCCCCAACCACUGGGCAUCCGUGCCCUCGUCAUUGUCACCAUCAUUCGUCUCAUCUUCUCUGUUGGCCUGGAGCCCACCCUCUUCCUUCUGGGUUCCUUCAAUGUGUGCAAUAAAAUAAUCUUCCUGAUGAGUUUCGUGGGGAACGAAGGAACCUUCGCGCGGGGUUACAGAGCCAUGGUGUUUGACGUUGAGUUCCUCUACCAUCUCCUUUACCUCGCCAUCUGCUCUCUGGGGGUGUUUGUCCACGUCUUUUUCUACAGUCUGCUGCUGUUUGACCUGGUAUACAGAGAAGAGACCUUGCUGAAUGUAAUCAAGAGUGUGACCCGUAAUGGACGCUCCAUCGUGCUUACCGCUGUGCUGGCGCUCAUCUUGGUCUACCUCUUCUCCAUCGUUGGCUACAUUUUCUUCAAAGAUGACUUCAUCCUGGAGGUGGAUCGUAUCCCCAACACAACUCUGAAAAAUGGAGCCAGUCUGGCCAGUGAGUUUCUGUCUGCAAGAAUGUGUCCAGGAGGGAUUGAUGGGAAUUGCACCUCGGAAGCCCUGCAGGAAGAUUUGGGGACUAACAGGAAGGAGGACAGCGGCAAGGAGCGGGCAUGCGACUCUCUACUGAUGUGUAUCGUUACUGUGCUGAGUCAUGGCUUGAGGAGUGGAGGAGGUGUAGGGGAUGUACUCCGCAAGCCUUCCAAAGAGGAGCCACUGUUUGCAGCCAGAGUGAUAUACGACCUGCUGUUCUUCUUCAUGGUCAUCAUCAUUGUCCUCAACCUCAUUUUUGGUGUAAUCAUCGACACCUUUGCUGACCUGAGGAGUGAAAAACAGAAGAAAGAAGAAGUCCUGAAGACCACUUGCUUCAUCUGCGGCCUGGAGCGGGACAAGUUUGACAACAAGACGGUGACUUUUGAGGGGCACAUCAAAGAGGAGCACAACAUGUGGCACUACCUGUUCUUUAUUGUACUGGUAAAAGUGAAGGACUCCACUGAAUACACAGGCCCCGAGAGCUACGUAGCUGAGAUGAUCAAGGAGCACAACCUGGACUGGUUCCCACGGAUGCGCGCCAUGUCACUGGUGAGCAGCGAUGCCGAGGGGGAGCAAAAUGAAAUCAGGAACCUGCAGGAGAAACUUGAGUCGACCAUGAGGCUGGUUUCCAACCUGUCGGGACAGCUGACCGAGCUCAAGGAACAGAUGACAGAGCAGAGGAAGCAGAAGCAACGAAGUGGUCUUCUCGGUCAUCCCCCUCACAUGAACAUCAAUGCCCAGCAGCCUGCCUGAGGGCCCUUGGGCCAGUACCACCAGUGCCUUAGCACUUCUGUCAGUGCGUCAAAUGUUAUACAGGAGAAUGCCAAAUCAUGUCCUAGCCAGUAUAUAUUUAGGUUGAUGUCUGACUCUAUACUUCACCAGAAACUCCUACAAUAAGUGGUUGUACAACAUGCAUGCGUCUGUGUGAAGGGAAAGUUAUCACCAAGUGCCUCAGGACCUGAGAAGCCAGCCCUGUGGGCUGGAGAUGAAAGCACUGACUUCAGCUUUACUUCCCUGAAUGCCUUCUGCAUUGUACCACACUGACAGCAUGCCAAAGUUCAGACAUUGUUCCAGGGUGGGGGGGGGGGGGGGGGUGUUGCUCUCAUGCGGCCUUUCAUUGAGGUUUUGAUCCUCGGUGUUGCGCCAGCAAACUCAGGUUACAUGUGUAUUUGAAGGUUUGUAUGAACUCUACAACACAUUUUGCUUUUGUCUGACAGCAAUAGGAGAGUGUAAUGAUAUUUAAUCUCUAAAUAAGAAUUAAGUAUUUUUGGGAACUGCUAUUUGAAUUUAUAUUUGAAGUAUGAAGAUAAACAAUAACUGUAAAUAAUUCUGGAGAGGUCACCUUACUUUCAAAAGUGUCUUUAUGCUGUUAUACAAUCUAUACAGGUGUUUAUCCUCCAUUCAUUAUCACUUUCACACUUUUUGCAAUCUAAAAUAAAGGUUCUACUUGUUCCAGAACACUUUAGAGUAAAACGGCUUUUUAGGGGACUCUGAUAUUUGUUAAGAGCAAUAAUAGUGACCUGUGAGUGACCUUUCUAUAACAAACUGUAUGGACCUACUGUGGAGAAGGAGCACAUGUUGUGACUGCCCUCUGAAGCUGGCUCCAUGUUGUGCUGAAUGAUAGUGAUAUGGAGUCACAUCGGAAGCAUAUUUAGAACCAAACGUAAUUGAAUUUUUGAGAAAUGUUAGUUCAACUAGAUUUAUUCUGCACUGAAUUAUGUAAUCUUCUUUUCAUUCAUUUAGUCCUAAAGCAGGGAUAUUUUCUGUAGCACGCACGUAAUUGUGAAGGCACUUUGUAAAAGACCCACUUGAGAAUGAGGGGAAAGAAGAAAAAUAGUAGCUUAGUCAUUUGGAGUGCUGCUUGAACAAACUGAACUUUUCUACGAAUGGAUGGCUUGUGUCUGAACUGUACAUUCCAUUCUCGGAGUCUAUUUAAAUAAACAAGUGUGUAAAAUAAUCUGUAAAUGAGUGUUAAACGGUAUCCAUCCAAAUAGAAGUCGGGUAAAUGAAGGAACAUAUGCACAACUAAAGGUAAUGCGGAUGUUUGCUUUUUAUUAUCCUCUGCCCCGUGGACAACGUGCGUGGUGUCUUGCUGCUAACGUGGUACAGUCGGGUGAACGAGAGAAGAGAAGUACAUCUGGGGAUUGCCUGCAGAUGAACUCUGUUAUCUGUGGUCCUCUACAACUGAGGAAGUGCACUUAUCUUAUAACCAUGUUGCAUGAGGAAACAUGUAUGACGUCAUACACAUACUGAAUAGGUGUUGCAAAGGUUUGACGUUUUGGGAUUUCAUCAUAGCACAGGUGGAACUAUGUAGACUUUAAAACUAUGUAAAAUGGCUUUGUUAUUUUCUGAAGACUGACACUAAGUAUAGUAUAUACCAAAAUAUACACUUUGCACCUAACGAGAAUGUCAUUACCUUUUAUAUAUAAAUAGCCUGCUGUGACACGUUUGACAACAUUACCUUUCAAACAUCUUGCCAUUUGUCUUAAGCUUGUUCGACAUUUUAUCAGCAUACAUCUUAACAUUAUUAAAAACGACUCGUUAAAAUGUUUUACUUUUUCUGCUGAACUUUUCUGCUGAAAACUAUUUCAAGAUCUACAAGUGAACUCAAACAAAUGUCAUUCUCAGAAUUUUUUAUCAAGAUAAAAUCCUGUAUUAAAUUAAGUGACGUUUGUGCUAACUGCCUUUUUAGGAGAUUUCCAUCGUUGUGAUUCAGUUAAAGCUGCAUCACUGUGACACUGUUAAAGUAAUAUGGUAAUUACUGAAUCCGUUUGCCUACCCAUCUUUUAUUUAAUGCAGGAAUGUUCUAGCUGACCUUUGGUAAUUUGUUGAAUAGGACAAUUGCUGUGAAAGAAACUACUUUUCUGAAACUAUGAAAAAUAUUUUGAUUAUGUCAUGAAAGUCAAAGUUGUACGGUUGUGAAAAUAACUGUGACAGCUGCUACCUUCCUUGCUAAUGUUUUCAAAGAUGUAUGAAUAGUCCUGAGGAUUGAGCUCCUAGUGGUGAGAAAACCUUAAAUGAGCCAAGAAAUACUAUAUUAAUAUCUAGUGAAUUUUGUGUUAGUUGCCAAAAUGAUUUAAAUAGCACUUCAAGCGUCCUUGUGAUUACAAAUACAUAGUGAAAAAAAGAUUUAACCAAAAUACCGCCAUGCUCUUUAGUGUCGGGGAACUUUGUGUAGCCUCCUGAGUCUCAUCUGGCUUGUAAGGCAAUAUUUUGUGUUCCUGUCUUGAAAAGGAAAGUUUGGGGGGAAAAACAAUAAAUUAUCUCAAAAUGA